GCUACAUCCUUUUUAACCGCACUUGCAUCAACGCCCAGCCAUGGCCCUUCAGAUGCGGCAAACAAAAAACAACCUUGAGGAGAUGCGGAAGGCUGUCGCCGAAAAGUUUCCAGGAAUCACUAGUCUUCGCGGACCCACUGGCAUCGGACGUACCACCAGCAAGGAGAAUCACCUUCCUCCUGGAGCAACUGUCAGCAGCAUAGAAUUCGUAGCCAUGGAGCCACCCCAGAUUUAUGAAUUUGGAAUCUGCUCAACCGACGCUAUAUAUACACCCUUGACUGACAAAGGGACAAUAUCAUCUUACACGCGACAGGUCUCGAAUAUCGGAGCACGGAGUCCAGGUACUAUUGUUACUCCAAUGCCGACAGCGAUGAGUUGGGGAGGGUCCAGCAGGCCGACAGUGCAGGAGUCCGUCAGCAGCACCAACGCCAUUAGUAGCUCAAACCCAGUCUUCAACAACUAUACCAUCGGCAACAACAAGAAUACUAAUAGCAACAGCGACAGUGGCAACCCUAAUACCAGCAAAUCAAGCGAUAAUAGUCAGAGUAGCGUCAGCAUUUCAAACAAUGCUGCAUUCUCCAUCAAUGUGUUUGGCAACGGAGGCAGCUCAUCAUCGAAUUCGUCUCCUAAACUGACGUCCUUGGCAUCUUUGAGAGCCCCCAGGCUUCCAAGCGGUUCAGCGACACCAAAAUCAACCAAUGUUACUGUCCCUGCGCCUACAAAGUACGACCUUGCAGCCGACUGCAACGAUGAUUAUACGGAGGAGUAUGCGAUCCUGAACGAACUGGAGGUGGAAGAGUCCAGGACAAAGAAUAUUGCCAAGGUCAGCGUCAGGAUUAGUCCAGUUUCCGCCAAUUAUCCUAGCCCUCUGGCUGACGCAGCGAAGAAGAGCGACUCGUCUGGAACGGUUCUGGAUGUGGAUGAGGAUGCUACUAUCGAGGAGCUGGAGGUCAUGCUGGAAACUGCGGUGGAUGAAAAACGGCGCCUCGGAGAUUUGAUCAUGGACCGUGAUGAUAUGAAUGAAGACGCAGACGACCUCAAGAAGGAAUGGAGGAUCAUGCGCAACCGCAUCAGUAGCCUACAACCAAAAUUGGACGCCAAAAGAGCUGCGAUGGAUUUCGCUAGUAACAGCUCCACUAGCAUGCGAGGCGGGGAAAGCCAUCGGGAUAGUAGCAUCAACUAUAGUAGCGGCAGUGUUGUCCGCUCAGCGCAAUCAACCCCUGCAUACGUCGCACCCUCUCAUACCAGGUUCAACUUUCAGUCGCAUGAAGAGUCCACCAUGGUGCAAAAGGAGAAUCAGCCCCCUUUGAUCAACAGCUACACCACCAGCGACUGCAAUAUCAGUAACAGCACUUCAUUCACAUCAGCAAGUUCAAAUUCAACGGCUCUUACUCGGAGUCGACCGGCUACCCUCUUCAAUUCAACUUCACAGCGCUCUCAGUCUCCUGUGACCAAGGACGCCGCCGUCUAUCCUUGGUCAGGAAGAGUGAUGACUGCACUUCGAGAUAUCUUUGGCUUGCGGGAUUUCAGGCCAAAUCAAUUGGCGGCGAUUAAUGCGACUCUUUCCGGAAAGGACGUAUUUGUUUUGAUGCCAACUGGAGGAGGCAAGAGUUUGUGCUAUCAGCUACCGGCAACAGUUGGCAGCAGUUCUGGAAACAGCCCCACUGGAGUGACGAUUGUGAUUUCGCCCUUGCUCAGUUUGAUGCACGAUCAAGCGAUGCAUCUGAUCAAUAACGGUAUCCCUACUGUGAUUCUGCACGGCAAUCUGGAUGCGGCCAUGAGGAGGUUUGUUUUCGAUCAGCUCGAGGCGGAUCAAAUUCUGACCAAGCUGGUCUACAUGACACCGGAGAUGUUGUCUAAGAGUGGUCAGGCCCAGUCGGCGUUGAGGCGGCUCCAUGCGCGUGGCCUGCUAGCGCGAUUCGUUAUUGACGAGGCGCAUUGUUUGAGCCAGUGGGGCCAUGAUUUUCGACCGGAUUACAAGUUGUUGGGGGAGCUCAAGACCAAGUACCCAGGUGUCCCGCUCAUGGCCCUGACGGCAACCGCCAAUGCCAAAGUCCAGCAGGAUGUCUUGCAUAAUCUCGGGAUGCAGAACUGUCUGGUGCUCAAACAAUCGUUCAACCGCCGCAACUUAUACUAUGAGGUUCGACCCAAGACUGCCAAGAUUUACAGCGACAUCCAUGCAUUUAUCACUGCAACAUAUCCGGGCGCUUGCGGAAUCAUUUAUUGCACCAGUAAGCGUGCUUGUGAGGAGAUGGCUGACAAACUGCGCAACGAAUUUGGCCUGAGCGCCCAGCACUACCACGCAGGACUCGACAAAUCGGACAGGAUCGCGAUUCAAAAGUCAUGGCAGGAAGGCAGCACGCAGAUUAUCGUCGCAACGGUAGCUUUCGGCAUGGGUAUUGACAAGCCGAACGUGCGGUUCGUGAUUCACCACUCUUUACCGCAAUCGCUCGAGGGCUACUACCAAGAGACGGGUCGUGCAGGACGUGAUGGCGACAAUGCAUACUGUCUUCUCUUUUACACCUAUCGAGACAAGGUGACGAUCGAGUUCAUGAUUGACAAAGGAGAGGGCAAUCGCGAUCAGAAGCAGCGGCAACGGGACAAUCUCCAGCAGAUGAUUAUGUAUUGCGAGAAUAAGAUGGACUGCCGUCGAGCUCAGGUGCUGAGUUAUUUUGGGGAGCACUUUUCGCGACUUGAUUGUGCCAAUACUUGCGACAACUGCCGGAGAAACCAGGCGUUUGAUAUCAAGGAUGUGUCGACUGAGGCCAAGGCGAUGAUUGGAUUUGUCCGCAAACUUGUGUAUAACGAGGAUCCUUCGGCGCGGAUGAAUCUCAGCAAUUAUACGGCACGCCGGGAAGUCGAUCGGUACACACUGCUCUAUCUUGUAGACUUGUUUCGCGGAGCCAAACUGAAAAGGAUCUGCCAGUACGGCCAUGACAGCCUGGACGGCUAUGGUAUGGGGAAGAACUGGCCUCGAACGGAUGCAGAACGAUUGGCAAGGUUUCUUGUUUCCAAGAGGAUUUUCACUGAGCGAGUGGAAGCUGCCGGACAAGCCUUUGCGAGCUAUGUCUAUCUUGGGAGGGAGGCCUGCGGUGUAGUCAAUGGCACAGUCAAAGUGGAGAUGCCUUUCGCUUCAGGCAAUACGAAUUCUCCGACCGCUGCUGCAGCAACCAAGAAACGCGCCAGAAAACUGGAGACUGAGGGCUCUGGGGCGACAAAAGGGAAGCCAAAGGCUAAUACUCCAGGCAAGAUCCGCAAACAAGCGCUGACAAAGAAUACGGAGAUGGACAACGAUUUCUUUGGCGAUAUCGAGGACGAUGCGAUGUUCUUGGUAGACCAUGAAGCAGAUGCCAUUGAUGGCGAUGGAUAUGAAUACGGAAAUGGUAUUGUGGACAUUCGAGCAGGACUCGCCCGCUUUGCAGCCGAUUCUUCGAGCAGAAACAUAGCCGGAACAGGGACAAGCAAGACAAUGGCAGCGUCAUCGUCGCGCUACACGGCCAUGGCUGUGAGCAGUAAUAUCCGACACGAAGGCUCUGGAGGUUCAGGAGGUGGAGGAAGACCGAGCGAUGAAGAAGGAGAUCAAUUCUAUGACGCCUACGACUUUUACGAUUCAGACGAACAUGAGCCCCCUCAAGCGAGUCGUAAGCGCCAUAAAUUCUAGACAGCAGAUCAAACACCCUUUUUUU